CUGCGUCGUCCGUCAGUUGCGCCAGCGCCGGCACACCCGUCGGUUUGGAAUCUAGUCAAUUUUUUUAAAAUAUAUUUUUAAUUACAAAGACCGCCAUGAAAGUGAUCAUCGUUAUGACGGCGGUCGCCGCUCUAGCCAACGCCCAAUUUAAAUGUCCGGCGAAAAAUGGCCAGUAUGAAGACGAUCGGCAAUGCGACAAAUUCUACGAGUGCGUUGACGGCCAGGCGACCACCAAGCUGUGCCCUGACGGCCUCGUGUUCGACCCUACCAUUAGGAAGAUCAACAAGUGCGACCAACCCUUCAACGUAGACUGCGGCGACAGGACUGAGCUCCAGCCCCCUAAGCCGAACAGCCAGUGCCCGCGCCGCAACGGCUUCUUCGCCCACCCCGAACCGUCCGUGUGCAACGUGUUCUACAACUGCAUCGAGGGCGAGGCCACCGAGGUCAAGUGCACCGCGGGCCUGCACUUCGAUGAGUACUCCGGGACGUGCGUGUGGCCUGAUGCGGCCGGCAGACAGGGCUGCAACGUGCAGGAGAAGAAGCUUAAGGACGGUUUCGAGUGCCCCAAGGAGACUCCUGUGGACCCCAUGGGCCAGCCCGUGGCGCACCCCAAAUUCGCGCACCCCAACGACUGCCAGCGCUUCUACGUGUGCCUGAACGGUGUCGAGCCGAGAGACUUGGGCUGCCAGGUUGGAGAGGUCUACAACGAGGAGACGCAGAAGUGUGAUGCUCCUGAGAACGUGCGCGGAUGUGAGGACUGGUACAAGGACUCCGAGGAGGCGGCGCCUGGUCCCAAGGCGAGGAACUAAACACUCAUAGUGAUAUGCAUAAUAUAGUUUCAAUUUAAGACUUAAUAAAUGUUAAGUAAAAUUAAAAAAA